AGAUGAAUGUAAAUGUUAAAGAUGGCGGCGGAUGGAGGAGGGAAGGAGAUGAACGAGAUCAAGAGUCAGUUCAGCACGCGGGAAGGUGCGUAUAAACUCCUCACGCACUCCGAAUACAGCCGACCGAACCGCGUGCCCUUCAACUCUCAGGGCUCGAACCCCGUCCGAGUCACGUUCGUCAACGUCAACGACCAGUCCGGGAACGGCGACAGAAUCUGCUUUAAUGUGGGCCGGGAGCUUUACUUCUACAUCUAUAAAGGCGUCCGGAAGGCUGCUGACUUGAGUAAGCCGAUAGACAAGAGAAUAUAUAAGGGAACGCAGCCCACGUGUCAUGACUUCAACCAUCUCACCGCCACGGCCGAGAGCGUCUCGCUGCUGGUGGGUUUCUCAGCCGGGCAGGUCCAGCUCAUCGACCCCAUCAAGAAAGAGACGAGCAAACUCUUUAAUGAAGAAAGACUUAUAGAUAAAUCCAGAGUAACGUGUGUGAAGUGGGUGCCGGGCUCCGAGAGUCUCUUCCUAGUCGCUCAUUCCAGUGGAAACAUGUACCUGUAUAACGUGGAGCACACGUGCGGCACCAGCGCUCAUUACCAGCUGCUCAAGCAGGGCAACAACUACGCUGUUCACACCUGCAAGAGCAAGUCCACACGCAACCCCCUGCUCAAGUGGAUGGUCGGGGAGGGAGCGCUGAACGAGUUUGCCUUCUCUCCCGAUGGGAAGUUCCUGGCCUGUGUGAGUCAGGACGGUUUCCUGCGGGUCUUUAACUUUGAUGCGGUCGAACUGCACGGGACCAUGAAAAGUUACUUCGGCGGGCUUCUUUGUGUGUGUUGGAGCCCGGACGGCAAGUACAUCGUAGCAGGCGGUGAGGACGAUUUAGUGACCGUGUGGUCAUUCGUGGACUGUCGAGUGAUCGCGCGUGGACAUGGACACAAGUCUUGGGUUAGCGUUGUGGCGUUCGAUCACUACACAACUAGCGUGGAGGAGAGUGACCCCAUGGAGUUCAGCGGCAGCGACGAGGACUUCCAAGAUCAGAUCCACUUUGGCCGCGACCGGGCUAACAGCACGCAGUCACGCCUCUCCAAACGCAACUCGACGGACAGCAGGCCAGUGAGUGUCACGUACCGCUUCGGCUCGGUGGGGCAGGACACUCAGCUUUGCCUAUGGGACCUCACGGAGGACAUCCUCUUCCCUCACCUUCCCCUCUCCCGGACGAGGACGCACACUAACGUGAUGAACGCCACCAGCCCGCCUGCCACAGGAAGCAGUGGUGGCACGGUGUCAACGAUGACCAACAACCCGAGCGCCAAUGGCAGUAACAACAGCGGCUCAAACACGCCGGGCAACUCGCUCCCAGCGACGCUGCCACGCUCCAACAGCCUUCCACAUUCAGCCGCCGGCAACAGCAAGAGCGCCGUCUCGGAUAACCCCAUCGCCACCGGCGUGAGCAAGUUCGCCACGCUCUCGCUGCACGACCGCAAAGAUCGGCAUCCCGAAAAAGACCACAAGCGCAAUCACAGUAUGGGUCACAUAAGCAGCAAAAGCAGCGAUAAACUUAACCUGCUCACCAAAACCAAAACGGACCCCGCCAAGACCCUGGGCACGCAGCUGUGCCCUCGUAUGGAGGACGUGCCCUUGCUCGAACCGCUCAUCUGUAAAAAGAUUGCACACGAGAGACUCACAGUUCUCAUCUUUCUAGAAGACUGUAUCGUUACCGCUUGUCAAGAAGGAUUUAUUUGCACAUGGGCGAGACCCGGCAAAGUGGGUUUAUUGUCAUCACAAAAUCAAGCCAACUCUCCGAGCGGAACUGUGGUAUAGCCACAAUAUUCCUGCUCUUCAUGGAUUUCACUUCUUAAUCCGCUCAAGAUGUUCCUCGCCGGUGGCCCGUGUGCAUCAGUGGAAAGUGCAGUUUCUUUAGUUUUUCCCUCUUUUCCCAAGUAUUUAUUUGCAUUUUGUUGUUGUUUUCACUCUCACUUUAUGAUUUUUGUGUAUUUGAAGCUUGGUGAAGGUGUGGGAAAUUGUUUAAUCAAGGGUGGAAUACGAGUCUGUCUUGAACUCGCUACACCGCGAGACCUAGUGGACGAACCCGAGACUCGCUUCCAUCCCGAUCCCAUUUUAAUAAAGUUUAUUUUCAUCUUUCAUACGGAACAGAUUCCAGCCCUGAUGUUGAAAAGUGCACUGAUGAUUUGUAAAUGUGAUAAAGGAUAAAAAGAAAGGUUCGGGGAAGGCCUUGAUGCUCUUGGCUUUAAUCUUCUCUUGAAAUGGGAAUCUGAAAGGCUGGAUGCUGCAAUCAUAGUUUUUAAAAGAAAAUUAGUUUGCACUUAAAUGUUUAUUAGAAGAGAAUGGCUUUACAUUUGUGUCGAGGACUCACGGACUGGUAUAACGGAGAACUAAGAUUAAAACUUUGUAUCUAUUGAGCAUUUAUUUUAAUAUUGUUUCAGAUAAAAUCUGCUUUGUAUUAUAUGUAUAAUAUUGUAAAUCAGUGAUUUAAUGGGACAAAAGCAAAUGAUCAGUACUCUAGAGGACGUUUUGUCAUCAUUACACGAAAUAGUGAUAUUUCUAAAGCAGAAAAACUAAUUAAUAAUAUUAAAAAUAAUCUCAAAUAUGCAGGUUUCUGUUUUUCUUCCUGUCUCUUGCACAGAAUUCAUGUGUAUUUUGAUAAGGAGAUUAAUGUAUGGCUGGACGGAGCUGAAACGCUUGAUUAACUGUUGGUCCACAAACGUGGUCACGUGACAUCAGAGCGUCUCACGCUGCUAAUCACAUGUAUGACGAAAAGUUUACAUGACAUAGAAAACACUAGUUAUGAAAGAGAUUGAAGUUAUUCUAGGCAACGCUUCAGAAAUGCCCAUUAGAAACUCCGUUGAAUGUGGAUCUGUAGGAUCUUACAGUGUGACACUAUUAAACGUUAUAAUGUUCAAUCAUUGUUCAUAAUUUACACUAACCGGGAGAGGCGACCAUGUGCUCAUGUUUCUGAUCCAUGUGCUCAACAUUUCACAUCUUCAUUAAAAACAAGUCUAUGGAUGUUCUGUGUUGUGUGUGUUGUGUUAGAUGAUGUUUAAUUCACUGGACCUGACCGGACCGAACCUCUACUGGGUUGAAACAUUAUUUGAUGGUUCAGGAUAGUUAAAUAAACAUGUUUGUUUGGACACAAAUCAACCUCAGGCUGGGUAAACCAACAUUCCUUGCUUUAAAAAACAAAAUCAUAUUUUUAUUUCAUAUUUCCAUCACAACAAAGAGCUUGUUGUUUGAGUUUUGCUGGUAAAUAAUAUCUGUAAUGUGUUUGGUUGCAUUCUUACUGUAAAAUACAAAGCAAUAAUUAAAUAUCUGUUUAGAUUUAAUUGUUCUGUGAAUCAGUAAACGGAAGUGACCGUUACAGUACGAAAUCAUUAAAGCAAAUACCAAUUUAUGAUGAAUACAACAAUAUGUUGUAAAAACAUGGUGAUUUGCAUUAAAAGCAAAUUAACUCUUUAUUUAACCAAUAACAGUCAAUGUACAAUCUCUUGAAAUAUUCAAUAUGCACCAACGACAAAGAGCUGACAGAAACAAUUGGCACGAACGUCACAUGCCGCUGACAGAAACGAUUGGCACGUGUCGCUGACAGAAACGAUU